AACGAUUACACUGGUAUCUGGAAUGUCAAGGUAAAAUGCGAAUGAUUGAACUGUCAAAUCAAAAAGCGUUUUAUUAUUGCAUUUAUUGUAAUGGCUUGCUUUUCGGUAUGUAGUAAAAUGCAGAUAGAAUCUAUGUGUAAUCAGAUAAACAAUUACGAGCAAUUAAAUACCCUCUAGAUUAACUAGGAAAAUGAUAAUGUAAUAUCAUUAAAAUUUUACGAGGUGUGAAAUGUAAUUACCAUUUCAGCUCAGAAUUUUAGAAGUAUUAUGAUAUAAGCAAAAUAAUAUGUUUUUAAAUUGUUUUAACUUGGCUUUUCUUUGGACGCUGGUUGCAGCAUCUAUAAAUAUCCAUCGCGGCGGAUGGCUCGACCGUCUUGUCGAGUACCACAAACAGAAUUUUUACAAGGAACUCGUGGAGAUUGCGCCUCUUCAGAUAGAUGCAUCAAUCCAACGCGCGCCACCAGGCUACAGGGAUGCCAAAGGCUGGACUGUUGAAUCUGUCAUGCACCUUCUGGUCCUCAUAAGCGAGAGCGAGAGGGCGAGACCAGUGAGGAUCGCGUUAAGGAGAAUGCUGCGACCAACACGACGUCUGUCUAUGAGCAAGCAGAAGAGCUAUAAACUGUUUCCUAGUUUGAGUAAGAACAUAGAGAAUUACUUAUACUAUGAAGUCGACACGGAUGAAGAAUACGUUGAUCAAGAUUCGGGAUACAGCGGUAUACCGGAUGAUGAAGCUGUAGUAGUGGUCAGCAACCCUGUGGAAGCUCGUCUGCCCAGCGCCCAGAUUAGUGUCAAACUGCUUAGAGACAUUCUGGAUGCGCGGGCGCAAGCCGCACGGGUUAUGCCAAGUACAACUAAACGGACAAUUCCGUGGCAAGUGAUGAAUACAACCAAAACAGUAGCCGAUAAUGCCACUUCGCCUUCGGGUGCCGCUGAUGGUGCAACAGACGGCGCGACGGGCGCGGUGGCAGACUCCAACACAACCCCAGCUGUAACUGCUGCUCCUGCCGCGUAGAACUAUACAAAUAUCAUGCAUACUGCAGUUUUAUUUAAUAUUUUCCGACAUAUAAGCCUUGGGGUUCUUGAAAUAUU